AUGAAGUUCACAACGCGAACGCGGUCGUAUGGAAACCAGUGUGAUGACAUGACGAAAGUAGAACGCGCCUGCGUGACGACCCACGCGAGGAGUACGUCCACCGCUCCAAACACGAGGAACUGCUUCUUCCGCAGCGCGAGGCCGCCGAUGGUCCUUCGGUUCCCGAACACGCACAGGACUUUCUGCGCCGCCGUCGCGAGCAUGAAGACGCCGAAGAGCUGGAACACGAACGCGGUCCGCGCGUGCUCGUCCGACGACGGCGCCUUGAGGGUCGUUCUAUACGAGCGAUGA